CUUUUAUAGAGCAAAACUCACAUGGACCCGCCUAUCUAAUCCACGCUCUCCGCCUACCUAAUGCAUAUUUAUCCGGUGAUGCAAUCUUACGCAAUGCUUCAAACACAAGGUUGUUUCCUUCAUUAAGCAACUCGUAUUGUAGAAGUUAUCUGACACCAUCAGUUGCGUUUACACAAGGUGAGACAACCCAGCCUGGGGACAGACAAUUCAGCUCGGAGGCAUCAAGUGCCUGCUGAAAGAUGGAUGAUGAUGACUUUGGAGGAUUUGAGGCAGCAGAGAGUUAUGAGUUUGGAAAUGGUGAAAAGCAGACCACAUCUCCUGCUAUUGCUUGGGCAACAUUUCCUACAGUACCUGAAGUCCAUAGAUCUCCUGACGUUCUCCUGGAGCACUCUGUGCCUUCUUCCUGCCUGCUUCCUUCUGACUCUUUCAUUUUAUCAAGUAAGAAUGUGGCAACAGUUACUCAAACAGGCAAAAGUGUGAUAAAUCCAGCUGUUCCUGAAGAACAGACUCAAGAAGAUACUCCAGUUUCCUCUUCAAAUGUAAUUGAAGACAAGACUUCAGCUGAUGCUGAGACAAAGAGAGCAAAUGAACCCAAGAGCUGCCUUCAACAAGCUGUUGCAAACCUCGAAAUCAAGCUUUGCAGUGCUGAAGAGGAAAAACUAAAAAUCAAAAAGGAAUUGGAAUAUUUGCUGGAAAAACAUGGUGUGCUAGAAAUGGAUUUAUUGAAAGAAAAAAAAGAAAAAGUGCUUUUACAUCAAGAUCAUUACAAGACGCUCCAGGAAAAGCAUAAGCAGGAAUUAGAAGACAUGAGAAAAGCUGGACAUGAAGCCUUAGCUAUUAUUGUUGAAGAAUUCAAGGCACUGCUACAAUCUACAGUUCAGCAGCAAGAGGCAGCUAUUGAAAAGCAGUAUAUAUUAACCAUUGAAAAGCAUUCUCACAAAUGUGAAGAGCUCCUUGAUGCUCAGCAUCAGCGACUUCUUGACAUUUUGGAAGCAGAAAAGGAAGUGUUGUCAGAAAAGAUAGAAGAAGCUAUGAUGCAGCAGUCGCAAAAGCACAAGGAAGUGCUGGACAAGUGUUUGGAUGAAGAAAGACAGAGAAGCAAAGAGGCUCUGGCAGCUGCUGCAAAGGCUGAAAAAGAAGUAGUGAAGGAAGCUGUUCUGAAAGCAGUAGAGGAGGAGAGGAGAAAUAUGGAGAAGAUUCAUGCAGAAGAAAGAAAACUGUGGGAAGCAGAGCGUGAUAGUCAUAGAGAGAAGAUUGCCCAGGCUGUUUCAGAAGCCAUGCAAGAGCAAAGAAAGCAGAAUCAGGAAAUUGUCAAGGAAGCAUUAAUGGAGGAGCAGAAACAAAGUGAAAAGGCAAUUGAAGAAGCAGUAAAAAGGACAACAGAGGAACUGAUGGAAUAUUUUAAAGAGCAGAAGAGGCUUGAUGAAAUUGUCCGUCAGAGAAAUCUGCAUAGUUUGGAACUUUUCCUUUCGUGUGCCCAGAAACAGUUAAAUGUUUUAUUAAAGGAAGAGCCAACCCCAGCAGAAAACAGAGACUGACAUUCUCAGUGCUGAUGAUACAGUGUGAUUUGUGAAGCUGCAAAUCUCCAUCUGGCAAAUGAUGAAUAUAUUCCAAUCUUUUUUGAUUGUAUCAUUGAGUCAAGAUUGAUUUGAAAUUCUUGAUAGAAAUGUUUGUGGAUGAUGUUCUUCUAUUUAUUUAUUUAUUUUACUACUAUUAUCAGAUAGCAAAUAUGAGAGGGAAAAAAAUCCUUGGAAAAAAAUUAGUUUAUUUAGGAUUUGUUUUAUUUAGGAUUUUGCUUUCUUUAUAUUUUCUAGUAGCCCAUGUCAAAAGUUUCCUUGUUAUGUCUGAAAUUAUAACAUUUCCCUGUUAUGUCUGUUUUAAAUUUGGCACCAUGUGUUGAUGUGAUUCACCAUUAUUUUUGAUAUUUUAAAAAAUGGAGACAAACAUUUAGUUGAUAAUAGGUACAAAUCCAUCUCUAUUUCCAAAGUAUCUACCCAAGUCCAUUGCCUCAGGUGAACCUGAGUAGCUUAUUAUUUCUUACUGCUUUUGAUGUAGAACAGAAGAAUCAGUACUGAAACAUAAGAGUGUUGUCAGGCAUUUCUUAAGUCAUUUAUAAGCAAAUCCAGCUCUAGGAACAGAAAAAUUUAAAAACUAAACAGUGCAUCUGUUUAGGGUAGCGUAAAACACUGCCAUGACCAAUGUAUAGUAUGUAUUUUAUUUCUGUUUUACUAAGCUAGUUCGAUUCCAAAAGUCAUUUUUCUCAUGACAUUACGAUUGAUGUGACUGACCUCAGUUUCAGGAAGAAGAUGUAUGUAAUUAUGUGGAGAGUGGCACUGCACUGCCUCAGUGGAAUUUCUGACAGAAUAAGGAGUGCAGCCUAUUGACCUCACAUGCCCUUUCUAAGUGCAUCGAAGGAAGUAGAAAAACUCCCCACUGACAUUAUUGGACUUUGGAUUGCUCAUAGGUCUUUCUAGUCUUGCUAACAGCAGAUUGAGUGGAAUUUCUGUGCCUACACUCUAUUGAUUGUAGAAUUGGGGCCUUAGUUGUAAAAGAGCUCUGAAUAAAAUAAAGGAAAAUAAGUGUUCAUGCUUAGGUACGUAAAUAAAACUAAGAAUGAUCUCUCUUACGGUGAGCUUAUGGACAUUUUUUAAGUGUGGUUCUUCUUAUUUGGAGGUGUUUCGGGUUUUUUUGUUAAGCUGAUUUUUUUUCAUCAGCACUUUUCAUAAAUUGCUUUCUUAUAGUAAAAAGGAACACCAAAUGGUUGCACAUGUAUUGGCAGUAUGUAAUAUGUAUUGCAGAAAGUUAAGGUUUUUAUUCAAAACUUUUUCUGUGCUUCAUUUUUGUAAUCAAACCCAAUAAUUUUUGUCUUUUACAUACACAACGGUUCACUGAAGAAGUAAACAGUGCUGGUUUUACUAGAUGAUGACCUUACCCUGCAAAUGGAUUAAAAUCCAGUCUUCUAUUUGAUACUGGAUUGACUGAUCAGUUUCCAUUUUUUCUGGCUGACAAGAAAAUCCUGUAGUGUUAACGAGUUGCCUACUCAUUUUCAGUUCCUAAACCAGUGAAAUUUUUGUCUCUGUAACUGCACCAAAGAUGACAUAGAUGUCCCCAUGGGAUUUUUUGAAUGUUGAGGUACUGUAAAAGGAAAUUGAUUGACUAGUGCUUUCCCAAUGUGUGUUUAAUUGUAGAAAUGUGGUAUCAGCAGAUUCCUAAAUGAACUUCUUGAUUUUGUUCUAGGCCUGUACAUCCAAGUGUUCCCCUUCAAAGCCAGAGCCUGUUUAUCAGCCUUUUCCUAAUAAAGAGAUUUGUAUUCUGA